CUAUUAUGAAUUAGAAAUGCAAUAAGCUUGGUCAUGAUCAAAAACCUAUGGAAUAUUUUUGUCUAUAAUAGAAACAAAUAUUAUGGAGUUGUGAGAAAUGUUAAAAGGAGAGCAAGCAAAAAUUAAAUUUCUAAUCGAUAAAGCACUUUUAAUCAUGCAUCUAGGAUGCAAAAGGAAUAAUAAUCAAGGAGACAGAAAAUGAAAGAAUAGAGCAAAUGAAAUUUGAAUUUGAUACGCAGGUAUAAAAAGUAAAGGAUUUAUUGGAAUUCUAUUUAUCUGGAAUUGAAAAUUAGGUAAACACCUAAUACGCUGAGUUAAGUGCCAUUAUUCAAUUUGUUGAUAAUUUCAACAUAAAAUCCUUAGAUUCUCCCAAUCCAGAUCAUUUCUAAUACCUACAAUUAGUAAUGGACUAGAGUGUGGCUAAGAAAUUUGAUUAAUUAUAGAUGUAAAUUAAUUAGCUCAUGCAAAAAAUACUCUCAAUUUCAAUGGAUAUCAAUGAAUAGGUUGGGUUCUUAUCAGAGUCCAUAUUUUUGGAUCAGAUGAAAUUGCUUAUUAAAAAAUUUGAUUUACCUUUACAAUUUUAGAAGUAUAUUGAAGAAUUAUAAAUUCCAAAACAGUAUUGUUUGGAACAAUCUCAUCAAGCUCAAUUUGUUUUUAAAGAACAAAUAGAUGGAAACACAUCAUAUAUUGGAUAAUAAGAAAAUGAUGAAUUCAACGGAAAGGGAUUGUUGUACUUGAGUAACAAAGGUUUAGCCUAUUAUGGUGCAUUCAUGAAUGGAUAAUUCUGCUAUGGGAUAUCGUUGAAUGUAAACAAGAAAGAACUUUUGCUUGGAGAGUUUGAGUUUAUAGAUCUCUUUUGCUAUCGAAUCCAAAACUAUGGGAUAUUAUUAAAUUCUAAUUGUGAAAGGUAAACAGUUAAUUGUAAUCUAAGAUAUGAAGGAGAUUUUAAGGAUAAUCUAUUUGAUGGAUAUGGCUAAUUUCAUUAUCAGAAUGGCGAUUUGUAAUGAUCUCUAAUUAUUCUAUUAGGUAUAAAGGGUAGUGGAAGGCUGGCAAACGAUUUGGCUAAGGAGAACUAAUUAACCAUGAAUUUGGAACGUACAUAUAUAUUCCUAAAUCUAAGGAUUAAGGGCAAUUUCGUGGAUGGAUAAUUGAAUGGCAAAGGAGAGUUGAACUGUUAAACUUAAAAGUAUAGAAUAUGUAAUUCAAUAAGAUAUUUUGGAGAUUUCAAGGAUAAUGAAAUGGAUGGAGAGGGUACUCUAGAAGAUCUCGUUAAGAAAACCAAAUAUGUCGGAUCUUUUAAGAAAGGAGUGAAAUGUGGCUAAGGCACUCUCUUUUUUUCAGAUAAUCGAAAGUAUUUUGGAGUAUCAUCUGCAUUAUUUUAGGAUUGAAGGCAACUUCCAGAAUAAUGAACCAUGUGGGUAAUGUGUGGAAACGACCAUAAAUAAGUAUUUUGAGAAUCUAAAUAAACAUGAAGAAACAACUAUUGAAGAAGGAGAGUACUUUAAUGGAUUGAAAUGUGGAUAAUUCAAUUGUCAAACUACAUGUAACGGUUAAAUUAUGAAGUAUAUAUUUACUUUAUGAAUUUAAAGGAAAGUGAAGUAUUAUGGUUCUGGAGAGUUGAUAUUUGAAGACAUCAUCACUUGA